AUGGAUUUCGACAUUACCCAGACCAGCACCCGGGUCCUGUUAUGGGGCGCCGUGGUCCUGGGCGCCUGGACACUGCAAAAGCUCUUCUUUACCAAACAGCAACAACAACAACUCCCACUACCACCGGGACCCAAGGGCCUGCCGCUGCUCGGCAACAUUCGUGACCUCCCGCCGCCGGGCGUGCCCGAGUGGCGGCACUGGAUCCAGCACAAGGACCGCUACGGGCCCCUGAGCUCCGUCACGGCCCUGGGCACAACCAUGAUUCUCAUUCACGACAAGGAUAUUGCGCUGGAAUUGAUGGAGAAGAGGUCGGCAAAAUACUCUGGUCGGCCGUUUCAGCGGUUUGCGCAGGAAACUUGUGGAUUCGGAGCCCUUCCGGCCUUUCAACAGAAUGGACACAAAUUUCGUUCACAGAGGCGACUCAUGGCUGCACAAAUGGGCUCGCGGAGCUCCAUGACGAAAUUUCAGUCGGCCAUCGAGUUUCAGGUCAGGCAUUUUCUUCUGAAUGCAAUGAACAACCCAGAGGACUUGGAGCAGCAUCUACAACGCGAAUCGGGAUCUCUCAUGCUAGAAACACUCUACGGAUAUACAGCCACGGCCAAGGGUCGCGAUCCCCUCGUGGAUCUAAUCAACAAGUUCAUGGCCGCCUUCAGCGACGCCGCGGUCCCGGGCGCCUGGCUCGUCGACGUGAUUCCCUGGCUGCGCCACGUCCCCGAGUGGCUGCCGGGCGCCGGGUUUCAAAAGACGGCGCGCGAGUACCGCAAGCUCUGGGACAAUGUCCGGGGCGUCCCCUUUUCGUUUGCCGAGGAGCAGAUCAAGACGGGCAACGCCAAGCCCUCGUUCAUCUCGGGCUUGCUCGAGCAGCAGGAUCUCACGGCCGAGGAAAUGGAACACAUUCGGGACAGCGCCACGGGCUUGUACAGCGGCGGCGCCGACACGACCGUCGCGCAGCUCGGCUUCUUUUUCCUGGCCAUGACGGUGUUUCCCGAGGUGCAGAAGAGAGCGAGAGAAGAGAUUGAUCGCGUCACGGGCGGCACACGACUCCCAGGGUUCCAGGACCGCGAUCAGUUGCUGUAUGUCGAGGCCGUCGUCAAGGAAGCGCUCCGGUGGAAUCCCAUUGCUCCGAUGGGGUUGCCGCACGCGACUGACGAGGAAGACACAUGUCGUGGAUACCGCAUCCCCAAGGGGUCUCUCAUUAUUCCCUCGAUUGCUUGGUUUACAAAGGAUCCAGAUGUGUACCCAGAACCUGAUCAGUUUAGGCCGGAAAGAUUUCUGGGCGCCAACCCUGAGCCGAACCCAACUGCAUUCGUGUUUGGUUUCGGGCGAAGAAUCUGCCCGGGUCGACAUCUGGCUGAUGCAAACAUGUUUCUUGUCGUCGCCCAAAGCUUGGCCGCGUUUGACAUUAGCAAGGCUGUCGACAAGAGCGGCAACGCCAUUGAGCCACGUAUAGAUUUCAUGCCCGGAGUCGUCGGACAUCCAGAGCCUUUCCAAUGUCGCAUCACGCCACGAAGUGAAAAACACGCGCAAUGGGUCAGGAACAUUGAAAUCGAGCAACCUUGGGCAGAGGGAGACGUUGCAUUGUUGCAGACUAUGCAUCAAGGGCUUUGA